UCGUAAUCGAAGAAAAAUCCAUUAAGUCUCGCUAUUAAGAUUUCUUCGGAAUGCAGUCCAAUACGCUAUAUCACAAAAACAGUCACAUAACUCAUCCAACACAAACUUUUCGACUGCGAUUUCUACCAUCACCAAUUUACCAACAUGGGUAUUACCAGAGACUCACGCCACAAGCGCUCUGCUUCCGGUGCCAAGCGUGCUCAAUACCGUAAGAAAAGAAAAUUCGAGUUGGGCCGUCAAGCCGCCAACACUCGUAUUGGUGCCAAGCGUAUUCACGAAGUUCGUGUCCGUGGUGGUAACCAGAAGUUCCGUGCUCUUCGUUUAGAAUCUGGUAACUUCUCCUGGGGCUCUGAGGGUGUUGCUAAGAAGACCCGUAUUAUCCAAGUCGCCUACCACCCUUCCAACAACGAGUUGGUCCGUACCAACACUUUGACCAAGUCUGCCAUUGUUCAAGUUGAUGCUGCUCCUUUCCGUGUUUGGUAUGAAACUCACUACGGCAUCUUGAUGGGUGGUAAGGGUAAGAAGGCUACUCCUACUGCUACCCCCAAGUCCAAGCACGUCCAACGCAAGCUCGGUGCUCGUGUUGGUAGCUCUAAGGUUGACCCUGCUAUGGAAUCUCAAUUUGCUGCUGGCCGUUUAUACGCUUGUGUUUCUUCUCGCCCUGGUCAAUCUGGCCGUUGCGAUGGCUACAUUCUUGAGGGUGAUGAAUUGCACUUCUACCUUCGUCGUAUGGCCCCUAAGAAGUAAAAAAAAAGCUAUACUAGCCAUCUUAAUGCAAAACAUGUGCCCACAAGGAAAUUGGACUAAGUGAGACUGUAGAUUAAGCGUUGGAGAGAUUGUAAAGUAGUUUGUAAUAAGGUAUUUAUUGAUGGUUGGUUUUGCCCGUAAGUAAUAUUCAUAGGGUUGAUAUUAGUAAGAAAGAAGUCCAUAUUGGAGAUUUACUUCUCAUUUCAUACGAGUAAAGACUUCGUUAAAAUCGGUUGUUACAAAGAGC